CCCAGCGUCCACUGCUCCCCAUUACGUCACUGCUGACCGGAGGGUAGGCCUCGCUCCAUCAAGCUGUGCAGCAAAACUUUCAGCAGUGCACACAUUUCUCUACAAGUUUAUUGGAACAGGAGUGCACCCAAAGGUUGCAGGAUAGUAGCUCUCGAGGGCUGGAUCUGGGUAACCCUGCCAGAAAGCAGCAACAGGCUUGCAAUGGAGCCUUCAGGAAACACUACAAGCAACCACACCUUGAACUCAACAGGAGCUGAGGGCUCGUGGGAGAUCAACGACAAGACUAAACUGUGCCGCUUCCUCUGCUACGGCUCCGAGGGAGACAUCUACACCGCCAGGGAGCAGGGCCAUGUCUCCACGGAGAACGCCGGAGCGCUGCUGACCCUGCUGCAGGAGGGGAGAGGUGCCGAGGUGGUGGAGGAGAUAAAGCGCUUCGCCCAAGACGGGCGCGCCGUCAGGCCGGGCCCUGCCGUCUUUGCCCUGGCUGUGUGCUCUCAGCACUCCGAGCUGAAGACCAGGCAGGCGGCUUUCAAAGCCUUGAAGGAGAUCUGUCGGGACCCCGCCCACUUGUUUUCCUUCAUUCAGUACAAAAAGGAGCUGAAGGAAGGCAUGAAAUGUGGGAUAUGGGGCCGUGCCCUGAGGAAGGCCGUGUCUGACUGGUACAAUGAGCAGGAUGCCCUGAGUCUGGCGGCGGCGGUGACCAGAUGUAAGCAGAGAGAGGGCUGGUCCCACCAGGACCUGCUCAGACUCGCCCACACCAAACCAGCCACAGAUGCUGUCGCCUUGAUCAGCAAAUAUGUAACAAAGGGGUGGAAGGAGGUCCAGGAGGCCUAUGGCGACAAAGAGAACUCUGAGGAGGUUGUCAAGGUGCUUUCCUACCUUGAAGUGGUGGAAAAGGUCAAGCACAGCUGUGAUGAAGCGGAGGUGAGCAGUUUGAUAGAGGAGCACAAGCUGGAGAGGGAGCAGCUGCUCACAGAUCACCUGAGGUCCAAACAGGUAUGGAGUGCUCUACUGAGGGAAAUAUCUCUGCAUUCCAUUCUGAAAAUCCUGGGAAAGAUGACGUCCAACAAACUUGUUGAACCAGGCAGCUCGGAGACACAAACCAUAUGUGACAGACUCCAGAACGAGUCCUCUCUAAAGAAGGCAAAGAUCCACCCUUUCAGCAUCCUUUUGGCUUCAGAAAACUACAAGCGAGGCCAAGGCUACCAGGGCAAAACCAAAUGGGAAGCAGACAGUAGCAUCCUGAAGGCAAUGGACUGCGCUUUUUACAAAAGUUUUAUGAACGUGGAGCCUGUGGGUAAGCGCUUCGUCCUGGCAGUGGAUGUGAGCACGUCGCUGACCAGCGUUGUCCCGGGAACGGCCAUCAGCACCGCCGUAGCAGCCGCAGCCAUAACCAUGAUUUUUGCUCAGACGGAACCAAACACGCAUGUCCUGGCCUUUUCUGAGGGAACCGUGGUUCCUUGCUCUCUUUCUGCUGACAUGACGCUUGCAGAAGUAACCGCAGAGCUGGUUAAGUUCCCCAGUGGCAGCACAGACUGCACGCUUCCCAUCACAUGGGCCGCAGGAAGCGGGAAGUCCAUCGACAUGUUCAUCAUUCUGACUAAUAACCCACUGUGGACGUUUACAGCCAGCCCGGUGGAUUCUCUGAAGAAAUACAGACUAGCAUCAGGCGCCGCUUCCAAGUUGGUGAUGUGCGGCUUGACUUCCAUCGGACACACCAUCGCGGACACAGAGGACAGGGGUUUACUCAGCCUCUGCGGCUUCGACCUUGGAGCCUUCUGUGUCAUUCGUAACCUUGCCCUCGAUCUGAUCUGAUCUGAUCGAGCAACGGGACCAUCCGAGUCAUGUACAAAAAGACAGCACAAAGUGGACCAACAGGGGGUCGCACAUGGAGAGCAACUAACCCAAAAGAUGCUGACACUUGCAAUUCCAGAUUUUUGUAUUAUGUUACAUAGAAAGCGACUGACCAAGCGUCCAGCGGGCUGGACGGCUCCCUGCUGAUGUUACGUGCACAUAUUUUCUGUGAGGUUUUGAAAGGCAAGUGCUAAUACAGGGUAUGCUGCAUAUGAGGCAGUCACAGGUGACUAUGUGGCAGGAUUUUGAUGGUUUCUCGGUAACCUCACUUACAGCAAGAAGAUGGCAGACAGGAGAAACUGACAGAAUGUCAGGCUUCACACAGCUGGAGGUUUACUUUACGCUGGUUUUCUGUAGUUUUUAGUCUGCAUCUAUGGUAGCAGGUCUGGACUGAAGGAUAGGUGAAUUAUAAACCUGGAGGUUGUUUCUCAGUUUUAUGUUGCGUGAGUAUAAAUUAUUAACCUAUAAAUGGGAAAUGAGAGGAAGCGCCAAAAGUCCACAGAAUAACUUGCUGUUCUGUACAUGAGUUUGAUUUAUUUAGUUUGACCAGUUUUAUUUUAAUACUAACACUACUUUUUUUUUUUUUUUUUUUUUUUAGAUUACUUAUAUUGGUUUUAGUUCUAUUAAUGUUUAGCCCUUUAGGCCAGUUUGAUUAUAUCAGAGUAGGAUCUCUCACUCACACUGAAGCUGAUAUGCAGUCCCACAUAAAUGGUUUAUAUCCUCUCAUCACAAGAAUGGAUUCCAUAAUAAUUUAAAGAGAUUAAUCAUUUAUUUGAACCCGUUGGAAGAAUUGUAUUAUUUGAAAUCCACAAUUACAUACACAAGUUUGAAUUGACUGUUUUAUUUUCUUUAAUCCACAUAGUCAACGUUCUCCACACCCCGCUAGUUAAUGUCCCUUAGCAGGUUACAGAGAAACCCCACGCUUAUUUGCCAUCAUUCUGUCUGGAUAUCUGACCACCUUUUUAUCAAAAAUGGUGACGUUUAUUUAAGCGAGUUGGUUUCCUGCCACAGACUUUAAGUGAAGUCCAACCGUUUUUAAUCGGGUUGAGCUCAGGGCUGUUUCAGAACCGUAAUGCAAGGCUGCUGUUUGGGAUGGUUGUCCCGUUGGAACAACCAGCCGCAUCCAGGUUUUAGCUGUUGAUUUCAAAUGGAGUUGAAAAAUGUGGAUGUAGUCCGUCGUCAUUAUUUUAUCCAUUUCAGCCCCUCUGGCUUUGACACAGUCCCACAGCACGAUGCUGCCGCCACCAUGCCUGGUACCUGCCGUGGUGUUUUGAGGUUGAAUGCCGCACCUUGAUUCCUCUAAACAUUUUUCCUGCUACUCUGUUUUACCCGCUCAUUUUGGAUCAAGAUCUUUUUUUUUUCCUUGGUGGGUGCAAACGCACCAAGAGACUCGCUAAAGCUUAGUGCCAUUUAGCUUGUUCAGUUUCAUCAGAACAUAUUUCCCUACAUCUCUAAGGGUGGCAGGUUGGGUCAGAUGGCCUGAUCAAUGAUCCCAAACACCAAUCAGAACUGGUUUUGAUACACUUAAGCUUUCUGAAUGACUUGCUACAGAACUCUGACCUCAUUCCUAUUGAAAGUUUCUGACCUAUUAAUAAAAACUGGUCUGCCCCAGGAAACCAACCAACUUAAUCACCAUGUCUGAUAAGAAGAUUGGUCUAAUAUCCAGCUAGAAUUAUUCAAGGUCAUUGCUCAUGGCUACAAAAGGCACAUAACUUCUCUGCAAUUUACUAAGGCCCAUUUAACCAAAUGUAACACUCUGUUUGUUUUCUUUGAACUGUUUAAUUUUGAUCCAGUGUGGAUUAGAGGAAAUUCAUGUUCAAUUCAAGCUUGAGCUGCCAGUUCUUUUUUUUUUGUAUUUUUUUUGUUUUUUUGUUUGAGCACAUCAAUUAAAGUCAAAAUGAAAGAUAUUCAUGCUGAUGAUGAAUGCAUGCGAGGUUCUGACUGGUUCCACAUAUCAAGGGAACACUUGGUAUUCAUUAAAUGUGAUGGUCUAUUUAAGAAUGAAGGAGUUUUGUUGUUCGGCCUUUCGCUCUGCAACAGAAUUAUGCAAAUGUUCAGCACUUUUCACUGAUUAUGAUGACAGUUGAGAGAAAGCAGUUAAAUGUCUUAUUUCAGUCAGAAUUGAUGCAUCACAGUUAAGACGAUACUGUAUGAAGUUCAAAGUGGCAAUGGAAGCUGUGUAAAAACUCUUCACCAAGACUGAAUCAGCUGAGCUUGCUCUGCUGUAUCUUCAAUAUAACAGCCAGGGUUUAUGCAAAAAAUUAGGAGUUACAGCUGUUGUGGAAUAAUUCAAAUUGAAUGUAGUUUUGAAGUCAAAAGAUUUUUAGAGUUGCGCACUCUCCGUUAUAUUUCUCCAUUCCGGUUAGCAUCAGCGGAGGUCAUACCAUAGUAACUACAGUGCUGCUUAUUCAGUAAGGAGCAAUGCAGAUGUCAUUCACUAAACUUUUCAUCCUGAUGUGGACCAAAGCAUAAAACAUGAUCUCAACCCCGCAACUGAAAAAAUGUAUGUUCAUGCAUUCAUCCUUUAGUUUUCAGUGUUGAGGCAAUAUUUGUUUUCUUUUACCGUAGAAAUGGUGAACAUCUGAACACAAUGUUCCAUGAUUAUUGUUGCUACAGCAUCUGUAGUCUUUACAGGAGAGAGUAUUGUUGUGGUAUGUGUCCACCGUGGUUCCCUUCUUUUCCAUCUUACAGCCUGUUCCAUCUAGCUGUUACACAAGCACUCCGCCUGUAGUGGCAAUGUAAUCCCAUCUCUAAUAAAGUUUAUGCUGCUCUUAAGA